GCGGAUGAAGUGUCCUGUGUCUACCUCUGAGAGUAUCUGACUCGAGUGCUGUCUCCAGAGAGUCGAGCUGCUGCUCAGUUGAGCGUCUGCUCUUACAAGGACAGGAGCCUCGUCUAAGGCUCUGACAGCGAACCGGGAAGAUGCUUUCUGGAGUCGUUCAUUUCACACUAGCAACGCUUUUGGCUCUGCUGCCAUGGUUGUCAUGUUUCAAUGUAGACGAGAAGAACCAGAUGUCAUUCAGUGGACCAGUGGAGGACAUGUUCGGAUACACCGUCCAACAAUUUGAGAACAGUGAGGGAAAGUGGGUUCUGAUUGGUUCUCCUCUGACUGGACAGCCAGCUAAACGGACUGGAGAUGUCUACAGGUGCCCCGUUGGAAAAAACAAAAAGACUGGAUGUGAAAAAUUCCUUUUGCCAGAAAGCACAACAAUUCCCAACAUAAAUGAAGUGAAGGAAAACAUGACUAUGGGGACGACGCUGGUGGUUAACCCAGACGGCAGUGGCUUUCUGGCCUGUGGUCCUCAGUACGGCUACAUGUGUGGAAAACAGCAGUACAUCACUGGGAUCUGCUCAAACGUCAGCUCCUCCUUCAAAGUCCUCAACUCCAUCGCUCCGACUGUACGAGAGUGCAAGCAGGAAAUGGACAUUGUCAUAGUGUUGGACGGUUCCAACAGCAUCUACCCCUGGGAACCCAUCACCGAAUUUCUGGUCAAAUUUCUCCAGAAAAUUGACAUCGGACCAGCCCGGGUGGGCAUCGUGUCUUAUGGAGACAAUGUCAGCCACGAGUUUAACCUUAAAAAGUUCAAUAACAGAGAAGACCUUCUCAUUGGAGCUGCUAAUACAAUUCAAAAAACCGGCCUAAAAACCAUGACAGCUCUCGCCAUCGAUACAGCAAGGAAAGAGGCCUUUACAGUGGAACGAGGAGCAAGACCAGGGGUCAAAAAAGUCAUGGUGAUCGUCACAGAUGGAGAGUCACAUGACCACCACAAUUUAAAAAAUGUCAUUGAUCAGUGUGAAAAAGAUGGGAUUGAGCGGUUCGCUGUUGCUGUCCUUGGUGACUAUAAUCGAAAAAAUAAAACCAGUGAAGAAAUAAAGAAGUUUACUGACGAAAUUGAAUCCAUUGCUAGCAAUCUCAAAAGUGAUCAUUUCUUCAAUGUGUCGGAUGAAAUAGCACUAGUGACCAUCGUGGAUGCCUUAGGGAGCAAGAUCUUUGCCUUAGAGGGCACAUCAGAGAAACACACCUCCUCAUUUGAGAUGGAAAUGUCUCAGUCGGGAUUCAGUGCUCAUACGUCUAAAGCAGGUGUGAUGCUGGGAGCUGUGGGCGCUUUCGAUUGGAACGGGACUGUAGUGAUGCAGUCUGGCCAAGAGUUUGUCAUUCCCAAAAAAAACAGCUUCCAUGACCCUGUAAAGCAGAGAUACGAAGGCAUGGCGGGAUAUGUAGGUUAUGACGUGCAGUCAGCGCACACGCCCCACGGUGUGCUGUAUAUCACAGGUGCACCACGGUUUAACCACAGCGGCCGGGUCACUGUGUACCGCUUCGACGGAGAAAAUGUCACCAUAUCACAGACCCUGGAAGGAGAGCAGAUCGGCUCCUAUUUCGGCAGUGUUCUCCAGACGCAUGACAUCGACCAUGACAAUUACACUGACAUCCUUCUGGUAGGAGCUCCCAUGUAUAUGGGUCUAGAGAGGGACGAACAAGGUCAAGUCUACGUUUACAGACUCAAUGAGAGCGGGCUGUUUGAACACGAGAUGACGCUGAAGCCGGUGAAUCAGACGUGCUGUACGUCUCACUCCCAGAGCAACUGUAAGAGCGUUAAUAAGAACGAGCCCUGCGGCGCACGCUUCGGUACGGCCAUAGCUGCCGUCCCCGACCUCAACCUGGACGGGUUCAAUGACAUAGUGAUCGGAUCACCUCUGGAGAACGACCACAGAGGGGCGGUGUAUAUUUACCACGGCUCUAAGAAAUCAAUAAAGGAGAAGUAUGUACAGCGCAUUGCUGCAGGAGGAGACGGAGAGAGCAUGAAGUUCUUCGGCCAGUCGAUACACGGCAUCAUGGAUUUGAAUGAUGACGGCAUCAUCGACGUCACUAUCGGAGGAAUAGGAGGAGCCGCGCUUUUCUGGUCUCGGGAUGUCGCAGAGCUUCUUGCCAAUAUGACCUUUGACCCUAGCAAGAUCAAUCUGCAGCAGACCUGUCAGGUUCAAGGGAGGACCACAGUAUGUGUGAAGACCAUAGUGUGCUUCGAAUAUCGAAUCAAGUCUGACAAACACACAUACACAGAAACGGUCAUCAGGUACAGUUUGACUCUUGACUCGCUGAGAGCGAUUGCUAGAGGACGGUUUAACGAAACGGACAACAGGAGGCUUCAGAAGAACGAGUCCAUCGUGAACCAGCUUUGCAGAGAGCACACCUUCUACACGUCGGAUAAGCUGGAUUUCAGAGACCCCAUUAUGGUCACGCUGGAAUUCGGUUUAGCGGAUGAAGACUCGGGUCCAGUUCUAGACGGGGAAUUACCGACGUCACUCAACAAGACUAUUGCAUUAGUGGACUGUGGGAAUGAUGAUGACAAGUGUGUUGCUAAUCUACACCUUAAAGCCACUGCAAACAUCUCAAGACUUCUCAUAAAAAAAAGCAACCAGGAGAAGUUUUAUGUCAACAUCGACAUCCACAACAGCGGAGACAGUGCUUACAAUACUAAGGUUACAUUGAGCCACACGGGAAAUAUCCACUAUGUGAAAGUCGAGCCCAAAGAUAAAGACUGUGAAACGAAUCAUACCAGAAUAUUAUGUGCAGUUGGAUAUCCUUUUCUUAAAACUGGCAAAAAGGAAAGCUUCAGAAUCCAGUUUGAGCCUAAUGCCUCUCAUAUUCCUGAGAACAUUGUGAUCAAUGUUACUGCAACCACUGACAGUGAGGAGUCAGAUUCAGACUUAAAAGACAACUUUGUAAGCAUCGGCAUCCCUGUGAAGCUUGAACCCGACCUGAGAUUCGAUGUUAAAAAGUAUAUGAUGGAGGACCACAUCAUAUUAAAAGAGAAGGAUACGAUACCCAGUGUUAUCAACCACACUAGUGUGAUCGGGGACGAGGUGAAGAUCAACUACGAGAUUGAGGUUGAUCCUAAAAUGCCGAGUCCUGAACUGCAGCUCAACAUAACAUUUCCAUAUCAAACGCCUGCCAAAAACAUGCUGCUGUACUUGACAAAUAUCAGCCACACACCGGGCAUCAGCUGUAAUGCCAGCAACCUGAUUAACCAUUUAGACAUUAAGCCUAACAAUACUUACGCAGUGAAUCCUAAAAAAGAGACCUUGAGUGUAUAUCUUUUGAGUUGCAAAGAAAAAGUAAAUCCCUGCAAGACAUUUAGCUGCUCCAUCCCACCUGGAGAAUUAAAGCAGAUCAACACCACGUUCAGAGUGUGGCGACCCACCUUCAUCAAAGGAGAAUUUUCCAACAUUCACAUGGCAGUCGAUGCCAACCUGGAGACCAAGGAGGCGGGCCUGUACGUGUUAAAUGACAACGUCAAGAAUAGAGAGGUGAAGAUUCAAGUCACCAAAGACAUACGAAGUGGAAUCCCACUAUGGAUUAUAAUCCUUAGUAUUCUAAUAGGACUCUUAAUCCUGGCACUUGUCAUCUUUGCUCUAUGGAAGGCUGGAUUCUUCAAGAGAAAAUCAGUCAAGGACAUGAAGGAAGAUAUGAAGGACUCUAAUUGAAGCUUGUGGAUCUGUAGCCUCCACCCCUCAGGUCAACUCAAACUUCACCGCUAGCCAAGGUCAUGGAGAUCACAAAGCAUCACCAGGAACAUUCAGAAAUAUCAAGAUCAGAGUCAUGUAGGACAAAUGGGUUCACAACUAGAGUAUUGUAGAGCAUACCAAAGAGAACCCAGCGCUUUGCUUGAAACAUUGAUGUAUUUUCAUGUUGCUCAUGCUCACUGCAAAAUUCGACUGAAUUUGAACUCAAGUAAACCUCUGAGAUGCCACAAGAUUAGUGGACAUUUUGCCAAACCACGAGUCAAGCUUGGACAGCAAAGCACCAAAGGUUCAUCUUGUCUGAACUCAACACCCCAC